GUGCGGGAAAGGCGGACGGACAGUGCAGAUGACAAAUGUACACGCUACAAUGCAUUAGGUCGUACUAAGUUUAGUAGCAAGGAUGGCAGGGUUCUAUGUCAAGGAUUGUCGUCUGGUAUAAACAAUGGAGCUGCCGCUGGCGAAAGGAGGGGUGUGGCGGAUGCAAGUAAGACGGGUUCACUUUCAGCAUCCGAGGCGGGGACACGAGCGAACAUCAGCAAUUAUCUGCGGUUGGGCAACUGAUGUCGGAACUGUUCAGCGAAGCGGGGAAUGCCUGUGCACGCCACGAUUCAUGGCGCCAAGGCAUAGAAUAUCACACGCAUAUUGCCAGGCACUCCCUCUGACGAAGGCUGACGCUUCGGCAAUGCCGGCAACGGCCAAUGUACAAUAUAUCAGCUGCCAGCGAUUGAGUCGCCAUUCGGAGUUACGAUGGCGCGCCAUUUGGCAGCCAGCAGCCAGCGGACUAUUUUCAACGCCUGCCUUUGGAUUGGUGCUUUCCGAGAGACACGAUUCAGCAAAGACAGGAGUUGCUGGCUGGAUACUCGAAGAGGGUCUCCAUCAUACUUCAGAGAACACCAUCGCUCUUUACAACAAGAACAGCCCUGGCAACUUGCACUUACCUUCAAACCGAUGGACUCGGGAUACCUUCUGCUCGCAGCACGCCAAGAAAGUGGAAAAUAAAAGUAGGGAAGCUAUAUUUUGGAAAGGCAGGAAAAGUGCAACUGCUAAAAUUAGUUUUAUUCGGCAUCCAGGAUUGAAGCAGAGUAGACAAGCCGAGCGAGGAUAUACGCGGCUUAUCAACCUAGACCAGCAGCUGCGGUGCUUUCUGUAUUUACCUGGAGGCCGAGAAAUACACGGAUGUGCCCUUUGAUGAUGUUGGCGGGUGGCGAACCAAAUACAAAUAGUGUAGUCUUCCGAGCAAAUUUAAUGCACGGGGUUUGAAUAUGGACGGCGGUGAAUUCGCUGUGUUCUGCUCCAACAAAUACAAGGGGUCCGAAAUAUUACCACAGGCUCUUUGUACUAGAAAUGGACAGUCCAAGUCUGGAUGCAAGGGCGGGA